UUUCCGAAGUCCUUUCUCAACUGCUGUGCGCUUGGCGGUGCAACUUUAAGGCGACAGAUCCCGCUCGGCUCUCAAACGGGUAGGUGGCCGGGCUGGUGGUUUUCUGCCAUCAGCCCCCUACCUUUAGUUUGCGUGUUUCCCUCUCUCUCCAAGAGAGGGAUUAAUUAACCGGGCUAGAGCUGAAGGAGGCUGCCGUGACGAGCCCAGUGGCGAUUGGCCGCCCGCCUGCCUGGCCCUGCCUUUAUAAUUUCCACACGAGUGCAUCUGGGCUCUUAUACAAACCAACAGCCAGCUUUUUCUGACAUAUACACAUACACACAGAUUGAGAGAGAGAGCCAGCACUUUCCCCACCAUCCGGCUAAGGACCCAGCACACACAACGGCUACUGCAGGAAAAGCAUAAAUAAAUACAUACCCAGAGGUGUUAUUAUUUUGACUAUUGGAAGCCUUGCUGUGUCUGGGUUCAAACUUUGAUUUUUUUUUUAAAAAAAGCUACAGCUCUCAAUGCUCACCGCUGCUCACUCAAGGACCCUUUAAAACAAACAGGAUUUCUGUUUAAAACAGACCUCCUAGCAGCCAGCAAGAAGAGAGAGCAUCUGAGAAAGAGCGGAGCAGCCGCAGCCCAGCGCCUUACGUUUCUCAGGGCGAGGCAGCCUGUUUCUUCUCUGAAGUUGGCUCCUGCCUUAGCAGCCGCAUUGGAUCCCACAGCCUACUGCGAGACUCCGGUCUACAACCCGGAUCUCUGCCCCAACAUGAUCGCGGCCCAGGCAAAGCUGGUGUACCAUCUGAACAAAUACUACAACGAGAAAUGCCAAGCCAGGAAAGCGGCCAUCGCGAAAACUAUCCGCGAAGUCUGCAAAGUGGUCUCGGACGUGCUGAAGGAAGUCGAAGUGCAGGAGCCGCGCUUCAUCAGCUCCUUGAACGAGAUGGACAACCGCUACGAAGGCCUGGAGGUCAUUUCGCCGACCGAGUUCGAGGUGGUCCUUUAUCUGAACCAGAUGGGCGUCUUCAACUUCGUCGACGACGGCUCUCUGCCGGGCUGCGCGGUGCUCAAGCUCAGCGACGGGCGCAAACGGAGCAUGUCGCUCUGGGUGGAGUUCAUCACGGCCUCGGGUUAUCUGUCUGCCCGCAAGAUCCGCUCGCGCUUUCAGACUCUGGUGGCCCAAGCCGUGGACAAAUGCAGUUACAGGGACGUGGUGAAAAUGGUGGCGGACACCAGCGAGGUGAAGCUGCGCAUCCGGGAUAGAUACGUGGUGCAGAUCACGCCAGCGUUCAAAUGCACCGGGAUCUGGCCGCGCAGCGCUGCCCACUGGCCCCUGCCUCACAUCCCCUGGCCGGGCCCCAACCGUGUGGCUGAGGUCAAAGCCGAAGGCUUCAACCUCCUGUCUAAGGAAUGCCACUCGCUGGCGGGCAAGCAGAGCUCGGCCGAGAGCGACGCCUGGGUCUUGCAGUUCGCCGAAGCCGAGAACAGACUGCAAAUGGGCGGCUGCCGAAAGAAAUGCCUCUCGAUCCUCAAAACGUUGCGGGAUCGUCACCUGGAACUGCCCGGGCAACCCCUCAACAAUUACCACAUGAAAACUCUGGUUUCCUACGAGUGCGAAAAACAUCCUCGGGAAUCGGACUGGGACGAGUCUUGCCUGGGCGACCGCCUCAACGGGAUUUUACUGCAGCUCAUCUCCUGCCUCCAGUGCAGGCGAUGUCCGCAUUACUUCUUGCCCAACUUAGACCUCUUCCAGGGCAAACCUCACUCCGCCCUAGAAAACGCAGCCAAACAAACGUGGCGACUGGCUAGGGAGAUACUCACCAAUCCCAAAAGUUUGGAAAAACUUUAGAGGGCACAGAACUGGCGGCCUUAAACUAUUAAAAAUCGCCUUUUUCAUGUGUUUGCGAGGAUUCUGUUACAGAGAGCGCGCGCAAAGGAUCUCCAUCCGAGAAUACAAGCACCGUGCUACGUUAAAGGAAGAGGCCGUCCGCACACACAUGCACACAGCCAACAGCAAGUAUUAUAGUUCUUGUCUGCAUCGCGAUUUUAAAAAUCCCGUUAGAAAAAGUUUAUGAUUAUCGCCUGGGAAAAUGCAAUAUCGGCUGUAAUGCAGCCUGAUUGUGACCACUCUGCCUACCGAUGGAUUAUAGAAAAGGCCGGCAUUUUUAAUGAAAACCUCUAUGUGAAUAAAAGCUUAUUUGGAUAUGCCAUCAGAACAACAACUACAAGAACAGUUCCCGCUCAUGUACAUUUUUAAUUUGUAUGGAAUAUUGUGAUCUCACAUUGUCUUUUGAAAUUGUGGAUGUUAGUGUUUUGUGAUUUGGUGAACAGAAGUUAAAUUGCCAUUUUGGGAUACUUCAAGGACAUUUUUCUGCAUACGAAGAUACGAUUUAAAAGGUAGAUUUUAUCAUGGUACUUUUGUUAAUUGUCUUUUGAAGUAUCUACAUUUAAAAGUUUACAUUUUUGGUUCAAAUAUAUUGCUUGUUCUAUUUCUAACAUUCCAUAAAUAUACUUGAAAUGUUAUUUAAAUAUAUUCAGAAGAAAUCUGGAUUUUCCUUAUAUAAUUGUGAAUAUUGGAAUUAUAUAUUUGAAAAAAAUGCACUUGAAAUACA